UCGAGCGGAGCCCGCACAGAGUACAGCUUCUGCGUGACAGAUGUGCGGCGAUCGGACGGGACAGCGUGCCUCUGCGAGGGGGGGGCACAGCUCUGAAUAUUCGAGGGGGGGACAAACAAAUCCACUGUAGUAUGACGUGUAGGGUCGAUAUUGCACUUGUCACGGGUCACGCUUGUUGUUUGUUUGGGGCGCGAGGAAAACACGCGCAAAGCCAAAGCGGCGUUUUCACGGCAGUGGGCGGAUACGGUGGCGGUGCCCGUGGGACGUGACAGGUGACGGGUGGAGUCCCGCGCGGGCUAGGUGUGAUGACUCCGGCUCUCUGGCCGCAAGACCGUGUGGCACGUGCCGCCGCCGUCUCGCGCCGCCGCUGAUGGACGGCUGGGCUGAAUGUCGCGCUGCUGUCAAACAGCGCAGCCGGUCGCUGGACGCGCCACCGAGGCUCUGGAGCGAACCGUCGUCGGGCCCGGUGACCAGGCGGCCAGGUGAGGAGGACGGACAGGUGGUCACGCGCAGGCGCGCGGGUGUGUGUCUCGCCAUCGGCAGCCGCUCGGACAGCAGUUCCGACCUGUCCGACUGUCCCUCCGACGGCAGUGCCUCAUGGGCGCCUGGUACCCCGACGGACACGUGCACCCUGGCCCUGGGGCAGUGCGACCGAGGGGGGUCUCUGGAAGGGAGACGCUCACCUGGACACUCGGGUGGACCUGCGGGAUCCGCACCGGAUGGGGACGCGGCGGUCCGAGAGGACCUGCUGAGAGAGAUCGAAGAGCUCCGUUCUGAAAAUGACUUUCUGAAGGACGAGGUGGAGGAGCUGCGCGCCGAGAUGCUCGAGGUGAAGGACAGCUUUGUCAAGCAGGAGGCCCACGAGCUCCAGGAGCUGCGGCGCCAGCUGAGCUUCGCCAACAAGAGCUGCCGCGUCCUGCAGUACCGGCUGCGCAAAGCUGAGCGCAGGGACCCCCAGGGGCUCGGCUGGCUGGAGCAGGAGCUACAGAUUGCCAAGGACACGAGUGUGCGUUUGCACAAGGAGCUGGAGCGCGCCGAGGAGCGGUGCUGCCGGGCGGAAGACGAGAACGAAGCGCUGCGGCACAGGGUGCUCGAGGAGGAGGUGGCCAGAGCCGCCCUGCAGGAGGCGCUGUGCCGAGCCCAGCAGAGUGACGUGAAGAGAGAAGGAAGUGUAGAAAUCGACAAAGAGCAGAAAUGCGUAGAUCAGGAGGACAGCGCUGAGCUCAGGGCCCGGCUGCUCUCGACCCGGGAGGAGAGCGUGGUGCUGCUGCGCAGGGUCGCCCUCCUCGCCCGCCAGAAGGACGAGCUGGAGCAGGAGCUGCGCAGGUACAGGUGCGUCUUUGGGGACGCGGACGGCGCCGUGCCGCCGGGGGUCACGGCCGCCGGGGCUCCCCUCUCGACCCGAGAAGCGGAGCUGCGGCUGCGACUCCAGCUGGUGGAGGAGGAGGCCGACAUGCUGGCCAGGAAGGUGGUGGAGCUCGAGGCGGAGAACCGGGCCGCACGGGUCGAGAACGAAGACCUUUGCCGGCGCCACGAGCGUGGCUUCCCCAGGACGGUGUCCUCCGGCGCCCCCUAUGGAGACGGCCUUGAGCGCACGGCCGAAUCGCGCCACCACCUGUACUUCGCGGAGGAAGAAGCGGCGCUGCCAGGGGACAGAGAAGGGGGCUCCGUCACGGCGGCUCCUCCCUGGGAAGACGGGACCCCUGGAUCCGGAGGCAGCUGGUGCUGUGCGGACCUGGGGGGGGCGCCGCGGGAGCAGCUGAGUGAGGACAGGGUCCUCGGUUCCAGCGUGGGGCGGUGCAGCCUCUCCUCGCACCCUGGAGAGAUGGAGCACUCCGGACAGGAAGAAGCAGGAGAAGAUGUGCUCCGAGGUCAGAGGGAGGGGCCCGUCGGCGGGGAGAGCGAUUUCAAGGGGACGCCAUCCUGGGGGGCGUCUGCUGUGGACGGAGACGACGAUGCGGAGACACUAAGCAGCUUGAAGCAGGAGGUGCGGUGCCUGGAGACGGUAGCGGACUUGCUCAUUGCGCACAGCGACCGCCUGCUUCGCAACGGCCAGCGGGGGGCGACGGCGGGACGGGGGCCCGGGGGGGACGUGCCGACGGACCGGCUGUCGGCCGACGGCGAGUCCGAGUCUCGCGGCCUGAACACCGUCAAUGCCCGUUUGAGAGAUCUCGGGUCAGAGCUGCUGAGCUUCGUGAAGAAGCUCCAGGACCUCGGCACCAUAGUCCCACCGAACUGCGUGGGGACUGUCCAUCAUCCAUCCGGCGCCGCCCUGCCCGACGGACCGUCCCUGCCUGUCCUUGAGCGGGACGAUACGAGCCACUUCCACUGUGGUCUGAGGGCGGAGCCACACGGGCCUCAGGCAGAGGAGCGCCCCCUGGCGGACAGCAGCAGAGGUGACGGAAGCGGGGAAUGGAGCAGCGCGAGUGGUCCCAGUGCAGAGCUGCAGGGGGCGCUGAGCACGCAGAAGAAGGAUGGAGACUCCAGCCGCUCCUCUCCCUCGGGCAGGUCUGGUUCCGGAACCCGGGCUCCCGCCACGGGAGAUCGACCCUCGGGAUGGCGCCGCGGGACCGGCCGGCACCCUCGAACCUCGGAGAAUCUGUUCCUGGAGGCCCUCUGCCUGGACCCCCUUGGACGGGACAGGAUGUCUUCACCGGCACGGCCAGCGGGCAGAAAUGGGCCCCCCCGGGGGGUUGAGGGCUCUGGGGACACAGAGAGUAGGAGGAGUCAGUCAGGACUCCAGAGGGAGAAAACGCGCGCUGGAAACCUCCUCAGGGUGAAGACCGUUUGCUCCCUGAGUGACUUCCAGCGCCUCAUGGACAGCUCUCCCUUCCUGGCGGACGCGGGUGUGACUGUGGGUCGAGACGGGGGUGAAACGCCACCGCUGUCUCCAGACGACCUCGACUACCUGGACGAGUUUGAGACAAGGGGCGGGGACUUGGCCGGCGCUCGGGGUUCAGAAUCCCGUGGGGCACCGGAGACCGUGUCGAACCCUGCGGAACCGUCCCAGCCUGCAUCUGGUUGCUGCGCCGCUGGCAGUAACCAUGGUAACAGCAUCAUGCAGGAGUGCGGAAGACAUCCUGUCUGGAAGUCUAGCGCAGAUGGGGUUCCCGAGCGUCCAGAGGUCCAUGAAGGUCUCGGAACGCGACCGAGGAAGCGGAGCUGUAAGGACCAGGCCUGUCAGACCGACGCCUACAGGAAAACACUGAGCCCUCGAACCGUGCGCCUGGGCCUGCAGAUGGAGCCGUCGCGGCGCACGGCCGCUAACCCUAAGCAGUGCCUCACACCCAGGGGGGGCGCCACCCCUGUCUCCUCUCCCUGUCGCAACACGCAGGGGAGACUGUGCAUCCCCGCUGCGCAGAAUCACUUGGAACCGAACUGUGGCGCCCACCUCCAGUGCAGAGAGCCCACCAAUGGCCGCGCCACCACAGUACUGCCUUCGCGGGGCACCGGCGGGUCAGCCUGGGCGCGCUCCACCACCACGAGGGACAGUCCGGUUCACGCCCCACCCCGGGACGGGCCCUCCUCCCUCUUCAGCGUCGUCGACUGCCCGGCGACCACCCGUCACACCGCCACCGGGUCCCGUAGAACACGGACAGCUGGCAGGAGUGCUGCAGAAAGGCCCCCCAGUGCCCAGCACCUCAGCGAGAGGCGGGAGAAGGAGAGCAGGGAGGUUACGGGUGUGAAACCGAACCAAAAGCGCAGUGAGGACUCGUCCGGUGUCCUGGAGAAACAUGGAAGGGAGAAGAGUAGAACGGGUGGGAGGAACCGGAUGCCCAGGGGUCAACAAGGAACCAGCGAGCCACGUGUCGUCGCAGGAUUGGCUCCCUGGAGGCCCUAACGCUGCUGUUCCAACCUCUUGAACCCUUCCCAGAUGCCUGCCCACUGUUGAGCACUUUGUUGUUCCUGGGGGAGGAGCUCACCUCUGGACACGGACACCAGGGGCUGCAGGUUCCCCUGAAAAUUUGCAGAUUACCACAACUAUGGGACAAAACAAUGGCUGGGUACAUAAAAUUACAGGUGAUGGGAUCGAGGUGUUUUAAUUAAAAUUUGUUUUUUUUUUUUUUUUUUUUUUUUUUUUUAAAAGGUUGCUAGCUGGUCAUUUGCAUACUUCUCUCCCCAAUAAAUGCUACUCUUGGUACUUGGAACAUCUCUUUGGUCCUGCUUUACGAAGGUUGGAAAGCUACCGUUACAUCUCUCUGGUCUCCUUUUUUGUUCACAGUGAACUAUAGGAACUGUAAUUGUACACAUGUGGGUGUGUAAAUUGUGUACGUGUGGCUCAGUUUUCUUGCAAGAUCCUGAAGGUGCAGCUGUACCUUGUGCUCACCUGUAGCCCUGCCCCCACUCUGCCUCACAGCAACACCUACACCCCAGACCCACCUCUUCCGCAACGUCACAGCUGCUGUUGCUGGGGCUUCCUUAACCUCACUGAAAUGGGGCUCUUGGCAAGGGGUGAGGUACAACAGGAGAUACAAUCAGCAGGUACUGUGGUGGUGAGCUGCUGCCUCUGUUUCGGAGGCACAGGUUGAAAUCCCACCUCCACCUGCCGAGCCUUUCCUCCACGUACUUCCCUACACUAAUACAGUAAAAUGACCGUGGUGUAUACAUGAGUAAAUCAGUGUAAGUAUUUUAACACCAACUCACUGCAGGAAGAGCAAUGGUUAAAUGUAAAAGCAAAACUACACUCAAAUGUUCACCAUCUCACACAAGAAGCCUCACACUCUUGCUAGAGAAGUGUCUGAGAUGGGGUGGAAGUGCUUUUUCAGAGAAGCCCAAAACAGACUAAAAAAAAGUUAGUUACACAUCCACAGAUUCAACUUGUGUUGGACGUUUAAGAGUUCCCGACCUGGACGGGCUCCGGGGACAAACGUCCUCGGCCGCUUCUGUUUAAAUGUCUGAAAUCCAGAGCUGAUGGCAGAAGCAAAGGGGGACAGAACUUUGGACACACUCCUGCUGGACUACUGAUGGUCACAACAUACACAGAUAAGCAAGUGCUUACAUUCGGUGCUUUCACCGAAGCAUCAAGGGGUCAUUUAAAAGAUUGGUAAGACGAAAACGAGGAGCUAAGUGGAGUGACUACAGGAAUCGUGGAAAGGCACUGA